AUGUUCAUGGACACAGAUUUUGUGUGGGAUUCAACUGAAGCUGAAACCAUCGCAAGCAGCAGAAUUGUAUCAAGUGGUAUUCAGCAAACGAAAGAGACUUCCCAGCAACAUUUUACGACAGAUCAAAUCCAAAAUAUUCUAAAAUCAAGUACAAAAAUACCGCUAAAACCAACGCAAUAUGUUCAACAAAGGGUCAGUGAUUACACUAGGAAUAGCCAACUACAACUUUCACCAACCACAAUUAAUUCAUUGACACCAACGGUUCCAAACAUCGAAUUACCGGAACCAACACAACCCAUUCAUACUUCGGCAUCAGAAGAUAAAAGAACGACAUUUACGACUGAAGUGUAUAAAAAAGAAACAACUAUGGGAUGGAUAAGCGAACAGGUAGGAACGAGGAUCAGUUCAGCUCAAACAGAUUCACCAAAAUUGUCAAUGAACACAUCGAAAGAAAUUGCGAAAAAGUUAUCGAGAACGACAAAACCAUAUCGACACAGUGCUGGUCAAAAUCAUCAAGAAAUAACGAAUCGGAGAAAUCCAAGUCCGACGAUAAUUUAUUCACAACUUUCACCUCGAACUAGGAUGGAUGAAAUGAAUAAAAAAAGUUAUCGCUUUGAAAGCUCAAACUUCUCUGCCACUAAUUUUCCAUUUGUACUAUCGACAAUUUUAUACUUUUAUCAUACUUUUCUUCGAAUAUAA